AUUGGUUGCACUUAGAUUAAGUGAGUACUUGCAUUCUCAGUGCUUUGAUAUCCCUCAGAACUGGUUCGACAAUCAUUUAUACUACAGCAUUUGUCUUAGGAGCCUUGAAAACUCCUAACAUCAUUAACUAAAAACAUUGAUUUUAUUUAGCAAUUUUAUUGAUUUCUGAUGACUUGUCGCUCAUAGGUGAAGUUUCAAGAAAUUUUUAUAAUUUAAUUGGUUGAUGACUUUUAUUAAAUAUUUAUUUUAAUAAAAUCUAAAAAUAAAAGAAAACUCUAUGACCAAUUAAUACAAGUUACCAAAAAAAGUAAUAUUACAAAUGAUAAUUUAUGGUAACUAGUUACAUAAUUAUAGAAAUAGUAUAUAAUGUUUUAUCAGUUUUUUUUAUAAAUUAUUUAUUUAUAAUUAUUUAAAAUAUUUUUAUAUAUUUUGUAGAAAUAAAUAUAAUGGUUGUAUAUUAAAUAUAAAGAAUUAGAUUUGUAUAUAAGGCAUUAUUAGAAAUUUAAAGUUUUUUUUAAACCCCCACGAGAUUUAUAAAUCAUUUAUACAGAUUUUGAUAUUAUUUAAAACAUUUUUUAAUUAUGGCAUACAAAAUCAUUAAUUAGAGUUUCAUAAUCAUUUAUGAGACUUUUAUCAAAUCUAUUUAUAUAAAUCUUGAGGACAUCUUCUAUAGAUGAAAACUGGUAUAUGCUUCUAAAUCUAAUUAUAAUAGUAUAACUGUAUAUUUUUAGUUGACAAAAAAAUGUAUAUUUCUAAUGAUUUAUAAAUAAUAUAGAAUCAUUUCACACUUUUUAUCUUAUCUAUUAAAAUAGAAGUAAUUUAAGUGACUUGUGGUUAUCAUGCUUAAAAAUAAAUCAUUUAAAUUAUAUAAAAUUAUAACACACUAUUUAUUUAUAUAUUAAAAUAUAAAUUAUUUAAGUAAAUUUUUUGUUACAUAUACCUUCAUAGGUGAAAUAUUACAAUUUCAAUAGUUGAUAUUUUAGUUUUUUUAUUUAUUUUUUCAGUGCUAAAAUAAAAAUAAAUUUUGCAAUCAAUUAUGUACAAAUUUUAGAUUUAAAUACUGUUUAAUACCUAAGUCAUAUAUAAAAAUAAAAUUGAGUUUUUAGUCGUAUCCGGAACCCUUUUUUUGCCAAUUUUUUUGAAAGAAACACAUAAAACAAUUAAUUUUUUAAAAAUUUAAAAUAAAUUGAAUACAAUCAGACAAAUGAAAAUAAAAUAAAUAAAAUAAAUCAUUAACGAAGAUGCUAGAGCUAUAGAAGCCUCUAACCAUCUUCUUGGAACUACAAAAAAAUACAUUUUUUAUGGCUAAAGUAUUUUUCGUUUUUCACCUGUUAAAAUAAAUUAAAAGGUAAUUUAUUACCAAAUACUUGAAGCAGUUGUAAUAAUACUUGCAUUUAAGAAAAAUAUUUUUAGUGACUUAUAUUUAUGUUGUUGAACUAUCUUAAAUUUCACAGCUCUUUUAAAAAUAGAUACUGAAAUUUUUGAUUAUCAAACUAUUAAAUGCUAAAAUUUUAAUAUUUCUAAUUAUUAUUCAACAAUUAUGACAUUAUAAAACACAAUAUCUACUUUUCGUAUAAUAUUAUCAUCCACGAAAUUGCGGGCAAACACCUUGUAAAAACAUUAAAUAACUAGAUGUAAAAAAAAAAAUCAUGGGAGCUUGACAGAAACUAUUAAUAUGCAUCAGGCUUUUGGUUUUAUAGAUCUUGUGUAUCAAGUAUUUAUUGGAAAAUUUGCAUAGCCAUCUAUGGGCUUUAAGAAAACACUAAGGUUUGGUAAAUAAAAUUUAACGAUGGUUAAUUAUGUUACUACAAACUAUGAAAAUUAUAUAUAGAUGAUUCUACCAAUAAUAAUUUUAUAUGUUUAUGGAGAUUUAUGUAUGACUGCACCAUCUUAUGAUAUAUAUGCAUGACAACAUCUCACGUAAACCUUUUUCUAUCUAAAUAGAAUCUCUGCUCCAAAUUCACAUAAAAGAGAAGCAACAAAAAAAGCUGUAAAAAAGACAGCAGCAAUUUUACUAGGACUUUUCAACAAUUUUUGCUCGUGCUAGUGCCCCUAGAAAUUCUUGGGUUUGAGAUAGAGCGCAUUGAAGAGAACUGAAAAAUCUGCAAAUCAGUUCAUUACAAUAGCUUGAGUAUGAGUUCAUAUUUGCAACGUUUGAAUUCGUGUUUGAGAACCCUACUAAUAAUAACAUAGAUUGAAACUGAUUUUGUGUUUGAGUACCUGUACUUCAGUUGAAAAGUGAGAUAGAAAGUGAUACUAAAAAUGUAUGAUAUUGCUAUUCACUAUUUGCUUCUAACUUCUGAAAGAGGGUGAGACAUAUAAAGGAGUGGUUAAGUCAGAAGCAGUUCAUCCUAUUCAGAAAUUUUUCAUAUACUACAACGAGAUCUACAAGAGCUAAAACCGAUAUGAAACUAUACAAGGUUAGAACAACAAAAGAGACCAAAAAAAAUAAAAAAAAAAGAUGACGGUAGUUGACGACCAUGAUAGUCCCAGACCACCAAAACACUACAAUAUUUGGUCAAUUUCAGAAAAAGUUAGAUCAAAAUUUUAGAGAGAAAGAAAACUUUCAUUUGUUGAACAAAGUUUCAUUUAAUAGCUAAAAUAUAUAUAUAUUUAAUUUUCAAAAUUAGGAUAUGAGGAAGAUAAAAUAGUCUUUAGAAAAAAUUAGUACUAGUUUCAAAAAUGAUUGACUACAGUGACCAGCCUGAUUUCAAUAUUUUUUUUUGUUUUUUAGAUUUGAAAUUUAUAUACUUCUUAUCCAUUUUAGUUUUUUUGUUCUCUUUGACCAAAAAAAAGUUAUUUGUUUCUUGUCCACACAAAAAAUUAUAUCUCUACCUAAAUCUCCCCAUAUAUACGGUAGCAAGUUAGCCACCAUAUACCUGAGUUCAACUCUCCUUCACCACAAGAUUUCAUAAAAAAAUGAAUUCUUCACGUAAUGUAAUUGACGUGUCACGAGUCACCCCUUCUGCCUCGUCCGAGUCACUCACUCUCCCCCUCACCUAUUUCGAUAUUUUCUGGUACAAAUUCCACCCCGUCGAACGAGUCAUCUUCUACCAACUCACUGACGCAACCCGCCCUUUCUUUGACUCAGUCAUCGUCCCAAACCUCAAAUCCUCUCUCUCCUCCUCUCUCUCUCACUAUCUCCCACUCGCCGGAAACCUCGUCUGGGACUCACUCGAUCAGAAACCGAGCAUCGUUUACUCCCCAAACGACGCCGUUUCACUUACAGUCGCCGAGUCGAAUUCUGACCUCUCCCGCUUAGCCGGAAACAAACCGUUCCCCACCGCCGAGUUGCACCCUUUGGUGCCCGAGUUACAAGUCACCGACGACUCGGCCUCCGCUGUGUCGUUUCAAGUCACGCUAUUUCCAAACCAAGGGUUUUGCAUCGGCGUAACUGCACACCAUGCCGUUCUGGAUGGGAAAACGGCAACCAUGUUUCUUAAAUUCUGGGCAGACACAUGCAAACACCAACAAGACCAAACGGCAAACGCUUCCCCACCACAGGAUCUACUUCCUAUUUAUGAUCGUACGGUCAUUAAAAAUCCGAACAAUAUCGAAGAAAAUAUUUUGAACGAGUGGUACUCUCUACUCAAAAUGUUCUCCGGUGGUAAAGAACCAGACAACCCCAAGAGCUUGAAACUUAUUCCGUCGCCGGAGAUUAGUCCCGACGUCGUCCGUUUCACUCUCGACCUCACUCGUGAAGACAUCCAAACGCUUCGAGAACGACUCAAGAGAGAAUCAUCUGCCUCCCCGUCACCAAAAGAGCUUCGACUGUCGACGUUUGUGGUUACGUAUUCGUAUGCGUUAACAUGUUUAAUCAGAGCUCGAGGAGGUGACCCGAGUAGACCAAUCGGGUACGGCUUCGCGGUGGAUUGUCGAGGCCUUCUUGAUCCGCCGGUCCCGUCGAGUUAUUUCGGGAACUGCGUUUCGGCUACGUUUAAAAUGCCGUUAACGGCAGAGACGUUUAUGGGUGAAGAAGGGUUCUUGGCUGCUGCUAGCAGUGUUAGCGAUUUGGUUGAGGAGUUGGAUGAGACUGUUGCGUUGAAGCUUCCGGAUAUUUUGGCCUCGUUUCCCAUUCUUCCACCAGGGUCGCAGCUUGUGUCUGUUGCCGGGUCGACCCGGUUUGGAGUGUACGGGUUAGAUUUCGGGUGGGGUAGACCCGAGAGAGUUUUAGUUGUGUCGAUAGAUCAAGGUGAAGCGAUAUCGAUGGCGGAGGGUAGAGAUGGGAAUGGUGGAGUGGAGAUUGGCUUCUCGCUCAAGAAACACGAAAUGGAGGCUUUGAUUGAUUUGCUUAAAAUAGACCACUUUUCGUUUUGAAAAAUCAGUUCAGUAAUAACACAUGUUGAAACUGUGUUCGUGUUCGAGUGCUAAUGAUAACACAUGUUGAAUAAGUACUAUUUUUUCCUGAAUCCUUAAGACUUAAGACUAGUUAGAUUCGUAUAGAGUUUGUUGAUUUUUAAAAUUUGAUACAUAUAUUAAAUUUGAAAAAAGUUAUAGAGAAUUUUGUAUAUUGUGAAAAUAUAAGAAAACAAAAUAGUAUAAUGAUUUUAAGAAACUAACGAAUAUAUGUAGUAUUCUUCAAAUUUUGUUUUAUUGGUUAAAUUGUUAGGAAUAUGAUUCUAAAUAACAUUGACCUUAAUAUAUUUAUAGAUUAUUAAAAUCUAAUUUUUUUGAAUAUUAAAUUUUUUUGCAUAAAAUUAAAAAAUUAUUAUAUCAAUAACGAUAGAUUUUAGUGAGAAUGUGAAAAUCUAUAAACCAAUAACAUUAAACUCUAGAAAUCCUAAGCAUCAUUAAAAUCUAAUUCCCACUAACCCUCCUUUAUUCUAAAGACUUCAGCAGUCGUCUAGUAACAUUGCAAGGCAAAAUUGAAAAAAAUAUAGCAAUUUACAGCAGGAGAGGGAUACGACAAUUUUAAGUAUGGUUGGAUUAAGUUUAAAUUGUUAAAUAUAUAGUUUUAUUAUUAAUUUAUUAUCAUUGAUUAGGAAUAUUUGGAUUGAAGCUCAAUUAAUAAAAGAACUAAUCCGAUUUCGGAUUUUCUAACGAUGUCUAAGACUUUUUCAUUGGUAUAGUAAGUUAUGUGAUAUUGUAGAAUUAUCUAAUACAUAUUUGUGCCUCAUCUACAAAGUAAACUUUCAUUGCUGUACUGCAUACGUCUUAGCUUUGGUCCCUAUACUACAUUUUGAAGCAAAAGGUAUCGUGUUGACACGUGAAAAAUAUCAAUAGUUUCAUUUGAGUCAACUCGUAAAACAUUUAAAAUUUUCGUUUUUAUGCUGAAUCGUUUGGAUACAAAUGCUUAUAUGUUGUUCCUUUGAACAUUAUUGCAUUUGAAUAUAAAUGCUUCAUCUUAAUGUAUAACUUAUAAAAAAUCUAAACAUUUAAGAUACAAAAAAAUAUAAAAUUUUGGAU